UAAUUAUUGAAAUUUAAUAAUGAAAAGCAUAGCAAAAACAGAAGAAGAUUCUCCAAAAAAGCCUAUUUGGGAAUCUUUAUUAGAAAGAGUAUACUUAAUAUUUUAUAUAGGGUUCAUGUAAAAAAGAAGAAAUAAAGAAAAAAAUUGAGGAAAAGAAAAUAAAAGAAGAGGAAUUAGAUCCGGAAUGUACUUUUAAGCCUUCUUUAAUAAAUUAGAUCUGUAAGAUUAAAUAUUAUUGUAAUAAGAACUAUAAAAUGAUAAACCUUUUUAUGAAAGACAAUUAAAAUGGUUAGAUGAUAGGAAAUAAAAGAUUAAUGAAAAAAGGGAUGGCGCUAAAGAUAAGAGUUUAGAGAAAUGUUCAUUUUAACCUUAAUUGGGACCAUCUCCAUAAAUACCUGAAGUAGACAUUAAGAACACAAAAGGAAUGGAUUCAUUUAUUCAAAGACAGGAAAAAGCAAGAAAAUUAAAAUAAGAAAAGAAUAUGUUAUUGAAUAAUCCAUAUUCUCACUUAAGUUCAGAAAAGAAAGCUGUAUUGACAGUAUAAUUAUAAUUAUUUAAUGUAGAACCAAUCAUAUUAUAGUAGCAAUCAUCCAAUUUCAAAGGAAUAUGAAUCUAUUAAGAAAGCAGAGAGAAUUGAUUUUUCAAAAGCAGUUGAGACGUCAUAAGAAAUUGAAACAUAAUCAUAAACCUAAUAAUAGUAGAAAAUGCAAUUAGGAAUGGCAAUGAAAAUGUUACACAAUCAAUUAUAUAAUAUUCAAUUUAAUAGUGAAUUUUGAUGUGUUUAU